GUGUCUGUGUAUAUGCGUGUCUGUGAGGGUGUGCGGCUGGCUCUCUCUCUCUUUUACACACACACACACACACACACACACACACACACACACACACAGAACGGGCUUGCCCAUCUGAACUUGGGGACUUGCAAAUUCCGAAAUGACCGUGGUCUCUUGGAAGACUCGGGACUCGGCACGCUGGCCAAUCGAACCGGCGUCUUCCUGAGCUUCCAAGGGAGGGAUUUUGGUGGUGUCUGAAAGAGAAAAGAACAAGUUCUUUUUUUAAAGACCAUUUUGAUUUUUUAAAAAUGCCAUGGAUAUAACUGAAUAAGCCGUCUCAGGGAUUUGGACUUGACGGAGGCAGAGUCCAUCUGCCUGCAAAUUCUCCUCUGCGUUUGGGGGAAGCUGGAGGAUUUUUCCCUGAGUCGGUCUUUGGCGAGGAAGGAUGCACAGCAGAGCUGAGAGCCUGGCGAAGACUGUUCCCCCCACCCAGGGAUAAAUGGUGCCUCUCGGAGAUUGCACUUCUGAGUAGAAGCCCACAUGAUGUAGCCCAAAGAGCAACAGACUAGGAUUCAGAAGACCUGGGUCCCAAUCCCAGCUCUACCACUAAAUUGCCAUGUGAACUUGGAUGGAGAGAUUGAGGCCUGAAUAGGUCCAAAAACUUAUCCAAAGUCACAGACAAAACAGCAGAGUAAGGAUUGAAACCCACAUCUUCACACAAUAUGGAAGUCAGUGAUACAGUCGAAAAUGUACUGCAUUCGGAGACUGAAGACUUGGGUUCAAACCAUGACUGCUACUGAUGGUACAAUACUACACAGGAAGGAGAGGUGGAAGAGUCACACCAUCAUCAUGGCAGUCUUUGCCCUUGGGCUUUCUCUCCCUGGCUUUGUCCAGCAAUAACGGCCUUCUUUCUCUGGGCACCAAAGCCCAAGUCACCAGACCAUGGAGACCCUGCUCAGCAGCCUCCUGGCAUUCGGCAUGGCAUUUGCUGUUGUUGAUGCCUGCCCCAAGUACUGUGUCUGCCAGAAUUUGUCUGAGUCCCUAGGGACACUGUGUCCCUCCAAGGGGCUGCUUUUUGUGCCCCCAGACAUUGACCGCCGGACGGUGGAGUUGCGCCUGGGUGGCAACUUCAUUAUCCACAUAAGCCGCCAGGACUUUGCCAACAUGACGGGACUGGUGGACCUGACGCUGUCCAGGAACACCAUCAGCUUCAUCCAGCCUUUCUCCUUCUUGGACUUGGAGAGUCUCCGGUCACUGCACUUGGAUAGUAACCGCCUGCCAAGCAUCGGCGAGGAUACCCUCCGUGGCCUGAUCAACCUUCAGCACCUCAUUGUCAACAAUAACCAGCUGGAUAAUAUUGCCGAUGACGCCUUUGAGGACUUCCUGCUCACCCUAGAGGAUUUGGAUCUCUCCUACAACAAUCUCCGUGGGCUGCCCUGGGACUCAGUCCGGCGCAUGGUUAAUCUCCAUCAGCUCAGUCUGGACCAUAACCUCUUGGACCACAUUGCUGAGGGCACCUUUGCUGACCUCCAGAAGCUAGCCCGCCUGGACCUCACCUCCAAUCGACUACAGAAGCUGCCUCCAGACCCCAUCUUUGCCCGAUCCCAGUCAUCCAGUCUGACUGCCACACCCUUCACCCCACCCUUGUCUCUCAGCUUUGGGGGGAACCCACUGCACUGUAACUGUGAGCUGUUAUGGCUGAGACGUCUAGAUAGGGAUGAUGACCUGGAGACGUGUGGCUCUCCAGCCAGCCUGAAGGGUCGAUACUUCUGGCAUGUGCGUGAAGAGGAGUUUAUGUGUGAACCCCCCCUCAUCACGCAGCACACCCACAAACUGCUGGUGCUAGAAGGCCAAGCUGCUACACUGAAGUGCAAGGCCAUUGGAGACCCCAAUCCUCUUAUCCACUGGGUGGCCCCAGAUGACCGCCUCAUUGGGAACACAUCCCGAACUGCUGCCUAUGACAAUGGCACUCUGGACAUCCUCAUUACCACCUCACAGGAUUAUGGUGCCUUCACCUGCAUCGCCGCCAAUGCAGCUGGUGAGGCCACAGCUACUGUGGAGGUGUCCAUCGUCCAGUUGCCUCACCUAAGCAAUGGCACUGGUCGUACCACAUCCCCCAAAUCUCGCCUCUCUGACAUCACUGGUUCCAGCAAGGCUGGCCGAGGGGGAGGAACUGGAGGAGGUGGUGGAGGAGCAGGGGGUGGGGAGGCCUCCAAGGGGCCCCCAGAGAGAGCUGUGCUUGUGUCUGAUGUGACCACUACUUCAGCUCUGGUCAAGUGGUCAGUGAGCAAAUCAGCUCCCCGAGUGAAGAUGUAUCAGCUGCAGUACAAUUGCUCAGAUGAUGAGGUAUUAAUCUACAGGAUGAUCCCAGCUUCCAACAAGGCCUUCGUGGUGAACAAUCUGGUGUCGGGGACCGGCUAUGACCUGUGCGUGUUGGCGAUGUGGGAUGACACGGCCACCACACUCACGGCCACCAACAUCGUGGGCUGCGCCCAGUUCUCCACCAAGGCUGACUAUCCGCAGUGCCAGUCCAUGCACAGUCAGAUACUGGGAGGCACAAUGAUCCUGGUCAUCGGGGGCAUCAUCGUGGCCACACUGCUAGUCUUCAUCGUCAUCCUCAUGGUGCGCUACAAGGUGUGCAAUCACCAGGGCCCCGGGAAGAUGAAUGCCGCCGCUGUCAGCAACGUCUACUCCCAGACCAACGGGGCGCAGCCGCCACCGCCGCCGCCACCAUCCAACGCGGUACAAAACGGGGCGCCACCGCAAGUGCACCCCAAGACGUCCAUGAGGAACGAGCACUUUGGAAGCGGCAGCGGGGCGUCUGGGGCUGGGGGGACGGGGGCCAGGGGUGGCGGGGGCGGCUUGGGGCGCAGCAGCGGCUCCUCCUCGUCCUCCAGCUCUCUGGGCAGCACGGACGGGGCGGGUGGCCGGGGCCCCUGGAGGCUCCCGCCGCCCGGAGCUCGCCCCAAACCCAACCUCGACCGUCUCAUGGGGGCCUUCGCCUCGCUGGACCUCAAGUGCCAGAGGAAGGAGGAGCCUCUAGACUCCAGGACUCCGGCCGGGGCCGGGGCCAUGGGUCGUCACUCGGACCGGGAGCCGCUGCUGGGGCCGCCGGCGGCACGGGCCCGGAGCCUCCUGCCGCUGCCGCUUGAGUGCAAGGCGCGGCGAAGCCAUUCCUUCGACAUGGGGGACUUCGCGGCGGCGGGGGCGGCGUCCGGGGCGUCCGCGGGGGCCGCGGCACAGGGGAGCUACAGUCCGCCGCGGAGAGUGACGAACAUCUGGACCAGGCGCAGCCUCUCGGUCAAUGGCAUGCUCCUGCAGUUUGAGGACAGUGACCUCACGGGGCCCAGGGGAACUUACGGCAGCUCCGAAUGGGUGAUGGAGAGCACGGUGUAGAUGGCGGCGGCGUCCAGAGAGCGCCCCGCGCCCCCUUCUACCUCCCUCUUCCGCCCCUUCCUCUCCCUUAUGUCAAUUCCAAUCCCCCCUCCCCCCUACUCCGCCUGUCGGUGGGAUGUUGGCAACAAGGUGGAAGAAACCUUUUUCCCUUUUUUUUAUAUAUAUCAAGUCAACUCUCGAUUAUUUGCGUGCAGUUUGUGGGUUAUCCGAGGGCGGCGUUUACAUAUGGGACCACCAUACCCUCUCUUAUCCCCUCCCUACCCCAUCCCCCAACAAUC